AUGACAUGAUGCUGAAAUUUGAUUGGUUGCUGGAAACACCGGCAGUGGAAGUGGGUGUGAGAGUGUGUUUUUUGUUUAUGUAUGAAAUUUCAAGUUUGUGUGAAUGCGGUUCAUUCAUAAACAUCCAAACAAGCGAGUGAAAAUUUAUAAUUUGUUUAUUUCAGUUGUAUGUUGAUGAAUUAUUACUUUUAUCUGUAAGAGGGUUUAUGCUGGCAUAAAAUGACUUCUUAAAUUUAAACAUUAAACAUGUUUGGGAUAUCAAAGCUCUGUUUGCUUCUAUGUAUAUUUAUCUUGUAUGGAUUUCUUCAGAAAUUUUCCUGUUAUGCCAAUGUAACCAUAGACAACCUAGAAACAGUAGAAUCAUUAUCUGAAAUUGCUCUUCUUAAGCAUCAUCCACAAUCAGCUUAUUCUAAUUCAUCAAACGUGACUCAAAGUUUUGCUUUGUUAUUAGAGGACCUACAGAGUCAUAAUUACACGCAAGAACCGGUGACUCUUAAUUGUUCAUCUUUAUCAAAAUAUCCAUUUCUCCCUAGACAUUUGUGUGAUGAUGGAAUUUUUUCCAAGUGUUUAUCAGCAAAUGAUAUGCUUCAGCUUGUUCCGCCAUCAACUAAAAGUGUUAGUGAGGCAUUAGCAAGAGUGUGUCCUUUACUCUUACUGCAACUACAUAAUGGUGCUUGUUCAUCUGGAGAUAAUGACCCUCCCAGUUUAAGACCGUCAACAAUGGCAGUUUGGGGCUAUGGUCUCCUUUUUGUGACUAUUAUCAGUUGCUGUUCUUUGGUUGGUGUGAUAAUAUUACCGUUAUUGAGCAAAAAUAUCUAUCAAAUUGUCCUAAUGCUGUUUGAAGGUUUAGCUGUUGGGAGUUUAGUGGGAAGUUCACUCUUUCACCUUAUACCACAGACUUUCAAACUUGUGGGACAAGACAAAGAACAUAAUUAUUUAUGGCGUUCACUUCUUAUUUUUGGUGGAAUUUACUUGUUUUAUGUUAGUGAAAGAUUUAUGAAAGUUAUUAUGGACAUUAAAAAGGCAAGAAAAUCUAGAAAACCAAAUUUGGGAUAUGGUGACAAUUCUGCAGAGUUUUUAAAGCCUUUACCAGAAACUAAUCAUUCUGGAAAUGGGUUGGUAAAAAAUGGAAAAUAUGAUAAAGCAAGAACAAAUUCCACUCCACAAAUUCUUACUGCUGAAAAUUUAAGUAAUCAUAAUAGUUACAAACUGAUCAAUGAGAGCUCAUCUGAGCUCAAAGCUCUUUCAAAUGAUGAUGAUGAACCUCCUCAUAAUCAUCAUACUCAUCAUCAUGAACAUACUAUUCAUUUUGAGAAGGGACAAUCCGCUAUCGGUACAGUUGCUUGGAUGAUAAUAUUUGGUGAUGGAUUGCACAACUUUAUUGAUGGUCUUUCAAUUGGUGCAGCUUUUUCAGAGAGCAUACUAGCCGGCGUCAGUAUAUCUGUAGCUGUGAUCUGUGAAGAAUUUCCCCAUGAAUUAGGAGAUUUUGCUGUUCUUUUAAGUGCUGGUAUGACGAUGCGUCAAGCCUUAUUAUAUAAUUUUCUAUCUGCAAUUACCUGUUAUUUGGGACUAGUUAUGGGUAUUUUACUUGGUGAUUUUGCAGAAGGUGCACCUUACAUUUUUGCUCUGGCUGCUGGCAUGUUUUUGUAUAUUUCCCUUGUGGACAUGUUGGGGGAAUUGUCAGAAGCUUUAGAAGAAGCUCGCAAAAAGGGUAUAAAAAAACAACUGAAAGUGUUCCUAAUCCAGAAUAUUGGUAUAGCUUUAGGAGUUGCUAUAUUAUUUGUAAUGGCUCGGUAUGCAGAACAUUUCAAUUUUGAAAAUUUAACUGCAUUUUCUUCAAAUUCUGAAGAACAAAUGGAUGAAAGAGUGAAACAAUUUUAUUCAGGGUUUCAGGAGGCCAAAAAUCUUCAAAGUCUUCUCACAAACUGAACUGUGAUUCUUAACUUUGGAUCUCAGAAACCUGUUAUCGAAUCUUACACUUAUUAAUAUAAUAAUCAGUUUUAUCAAUUAAUUUAUUGAAAUAAUAUAUGAAAGUACUUACUGUAUUUUCUGAAAUAUUAUAUUUUAGAAAGCUCAAACUUAUCUAUAGCUUUAAUUUUAUUAGUACUCCAAAACAAUGAUUACUUUUUAAAAAUAUAUAUGUUAGUUUUUAUAUGGUAUAUACGUACCAUAAUUUAAUCAUUGCAUUUUUCAUGAACUUUUUUAAUUAACUGAUAUUUUAACUAUAAAUUUAAUAUAAGUUUUUUUGUUGUUGUUGAUAAAAAUAACUAUGACAAUAUUGUCUUAAAAUAAAGCAUUUAUAUUUAUUUUGAUUGUUGUACAAAACAUUUUUAUCGUAAUGUUUUUUCGUAUAAUGGUUUUUCCGUUAUUGUUUGUUUCGUUAUAAUUAGGUUGAACAAUUAUAUGUGUGCAUUUUAUAUUAUAGUUUCAAUGAUUAUUUAUUUAAUAUUGACUUCCUUGAGGUCAAUUGUUAAGGUAUAUUACAUGAAGAGAUUUCGGACAAACAAGAUUUACAAAAUGUUAUUUAGUGUCCAUAUGUAUUUUUUUAUUAAGUUUUUUUUCUCGAACUAAAUGAAACAAGGCAAUUAAGAAAUGAUUAAUGAAAUUUAAAUGAAUUGUUGCUGUCGUAUUGAAAUAAUAAUAUUUUAACAUAUUAUUUCUUUUAAUUCACUUUCACUAAAAGAUUUACAUUUUUAACAUGCUUUAAAUUUAAAUAAGACUUUGCUCAUUUCCUUUUUCAUUUUAUUUUUUAACUUACCUAAUGGAGUAUGUCUUACAAUCACUUCUCACCCGUUAUAUUUUAAGCUUUCACCUUUUGGUGUCUAACUUUAUUUAAAAUUCAAAAUUAAUAGCCAAUUUGAACUACGGAUAGCAAACUAAUUGCCAUUUAGCAGAAUUAAAACAUGCCAAUUUUCUAAGUUCAUUUUCAAGCUUAGAAUUUAUUAUUUUAUGUUAUGUUACAUUUUCAUAUACAUCUUACCGCUUUUGCCCCCAUUAAAAAUAAAUAAAGCGGAAGACCAAUUUGUUAUAUUUUCAUAAAUUUGAAUUAAAAUGAAAUGAGAUAUUAUUUUCAACUGCAUUGUGAUUAUUGUUUAAUCAGAGUUUCUUUAUCACAUCACAAACCUAAUACGAUAUACUGGAAUAAAUAAAUUGGAAUAUUAGUUCAAUCGUUUUAUAAUAAAAUUUAUUUUAUUCAUUUGUUUUUUAAUAAAAAUGCACAUAUUUAUUGUAUAAAUUAAUUUAAAUGAAUUAAUCACACUAUGAAAACAAAUGCAACAAAAAAUAAUUAUUGUUUACAAUUACUUACAGUUAUAAGCUGACUAUAUAUGGCAGAAUCUCAUACGAACAAAAUAUCUGGCACUGAAUCUCAUAUAAAAAAAAUAUUGUGGUAAUGUAUGUAAUAAGGACAAAAAAAGGCACUUGAAUUGUGUAUAAAUUAUUAUGAGACAGAAUCUGGUUUGAACAAAAUACUAAAAAACAAUUUGCGAAUGAGUUUGUUUUAGAACAAAACUUCAGAUAAAUCGUAAAGAUAAUAAACCUGCAUAUGAUUAGAAGUUAACUGUACUUUUAUUUUAGACUAUAAUAAGAAAUAACUGUAUGGUAAGUUACUACUAUUAUGGUAGUUUGUAUGGAAGCAUUUACUUUAAACCAAAGAUAUAUACAUUUUUUUUAAAAUUUACAGACUAGUCAUGAGAAUUUUACAAAUAAUGCUCCUAUUUAUUUACAAGAAAUGUCUGUUCUAUCGUGCAAUUUAAAAAGCAAUGUUAGUAAUUUAAAAAGUUGUACUUUGUUUUUACAAUUGCAUGGCAUAGUCGUCAGUGAUAAAAUAAUUCUACUUUUAUCUAAAAUUUUGUGCAUAUAUACAUAAUGUGUUUGUGUGGUAGCUCACUUUUUAAAAUGUAAUUUAUUUAAUGAAUUUUCUAAAAAUACUAUAAAAAAUUUGUGUUGUGUUGUAAUUUAAUUUAUUUUAAAUUACACCGUUGGACAAAUAUUUCUGUACAUAUCAUUAAAAUGUUUACAGAAAAAUAACUAUUUGAACUGCUUUUUGUUUAUAUUUAUGUGUGCUCAUUUUAAAUAUAUUUAUAGACUUGUAUAUAACAUAUUAUUAUGAGUUCAGUAUUUUAAUUUUGAGUUUUACUGUUUAUUCUUUUCUUUCUUACUAUUUAUGUACCGUAACUUAUUAUAUCAUAAAUUUAUAUGUAAAUAGUGUUAUUAAAAUAAAUUUGAUAUAUAUUUAGA